AUGCACUUUCCCACGAGAUCAGCAGCUAGUCUGGGCCUGAUGGCUGCCCAUGUCACAGCCAUUGUGCUGCCCGGUUCUCUUGUCACUCUCGUCUCUACAGGUCUGCCCGUGACCAUUACCGUCACCCCCUCAGUGACCGGUUUGCCCCUGACGGCAUUGUUGAACUUAUCGACAUUACUGAACUCGACGGCAUCAUUGAACUCGACGGCAUUGUUGAACUCGACGGCAUUGUUGAACACAACAUCAUCAUUAACCCAAACGGCACCAGCACAAUCGACCGUCUCCAUCAAGACCAAGACCUCGAGUACCCUGUCUACCGUUUUGCCCACUCCCACCACACCCCCGACUUCGGGUUUGACCGCCGACCAGCAGAAAGCUCUUGACCUUCACAACGCCUAUAGAGCCCAGGUUGGUAAUGGAGACUUGAUUUGGGAUGACGACCUUGCCAAGAGCGCUCAGAAAUGGGCAAAAUAUCUUGCCGAUUCCGGCCGCUUUGAGCAUGACCAGAACACGGGUGGCCAGGGCGAAAAUUUGGCCUAUUUCCAAGGCGCCUCCGACCCCCCAAACUCCAAGGCUGUUCAGCUUUGGCUUGAUGAGAAGUCUCUGUACGACGGAAAGCCCAUCACGGACAAGCCAGGCGGGCCCAACUACCAUACAUACGGCCAUUACACUCAAUGCAUUUGGAAGUCUACCCAGAAGGUCGGCCUAGCUAUCGCAAAUUCCCCAGAUGGCAAAACUUAUGUGGUUGCUCGCUACUCCCCCCCCGGAAACUACAUGGGCCAAAUGCCUUACUAG